GUGUUCCAGCAUGACAAUAUAAAGUGUGCACAAAGUGAGGUCAAUGAAGACAUGGCUUCGCAAGGAUGGUUCAAAAGAACUCUAGUAGUCUGCACAGAGCACAGACCUCAAUCCCACUGAAAACCUUUGGAAUGAUUUGAAACUCUAUCUGCGCCCCUAGCCUCCUCGCUUGACAUCAGUGUCCGACCUCGCUAAUGCUUCUCUGGCUGACUGGGCAAAUCCCCACAGCCACGAUCCAAAAUGUAGUAGAAAGCCUCCCCAGAAGAGUGGAGGCUUUUAUAGCAGCAAAGGACAGACCAACUCCAUAUUAAUGACCAUGGUUUUAGAAUAGGAUGUUUAACAAGCAAAUAUAGUGGAUCCCUGCUGAGGAAAAAAACACACAAUAGAAACUGUCAUAGAAUUUGUAAUGGUUUUACUAGUUAUAAUGGGAAUUGUAUUGGUUUUAAAGGGGUACUGUAAUGGUCCCUGUGGGUCUCUACUCAUAAUUUGUUCCCUUCUACUGGUGGCAUGUUAUGUCUAGUGGAUGCCAAGGCUGUAAAGGUUAGCUGAUGGUUUGUAAUGGUAUUUGUAAUGGAAACCAUUAGAAUUUCUGUGAUGGUUUCUACUGUUUUGUUUUCAGGACCGAGAUUUUUUUUUUUUUUUUAAAUGUUCAAACAAGAAUAGGAAUAUUUGACCGUUUAGGUGGUAACAUAAAAAUACAAGCAAUUCUGAAAACAGCAUCAUCUAGUGGCACACUAACUCACACAACUUCCUGUUAAUCUACUGUGCAUAAUGCUACAUAUGAAGGGCCUCACAUAACCGUGUAUAACUGAAACUGCAGAUGUAUAACUGACCAGGCAGUACAAAUAGAGAAUAGGUAAGGUUAUGGUUGCUCAGGGAGUCUUAUAUAAUACACGUGUAUGUAAUACAAAUAUAUAGAUAUAUAUAAACCUUCCAGCAGAGGGCAAUUGUAUUAAGCGAAGACUUCAGAAGGGCGUUGCUCUUCUUCGGGAGUCCUGUCACAACACAGGAAGAGCCGGAAGUGGCAGUGCUCCUUUCAUUUUCUACCGAGUAAAUAACGGGAUUUUUAAUAGGUGGCUGAAUAAAACCGCAGUAAAUAGAGUUAAUGAUCUGCUUGUUAGCUCAGAAAAGAGAGCCCCUGGGAGAGAAUCUGAGCUCGUAAGGUGCCAUGUCUACUGGUUGCCCACCACAGUCUCCAUCUGUGGCUAAAACAGAGGUGGUGGUGGAAGGAUGGUGCCCCCUAUUGGCAGCCACCUUUGCCUACUGGGACAACAUCCUGGGACCCCGUGUAUGGCACAUCUGGGCCCCCAAAGGUCAGGGGUCGAUGUUACUCAGUGACAGCGAGGUGACUUUCCUGGCAAAUCACACACUGAACGGUGAGAUUCUGCGCAGUGCAGAGAGUGGUGCCGUGGACGUAAAGUUCUUCGUCUUGGCAGAGAAAGGCGUGAUCAUCGUGUCACUGAUAUUUGAUGGCGAGUUAAAGGGUGACAAGAACACGUGCGCGCUGUCCAUCAUUCUCCCCCAGUCAGAAUUGGAUUUCUACCUUCCGCUGCACAGUGUGUGUGUGGAAAGGCUCAAGCACACCGUUCGCAAGGGACGCAUCUAUAUGCAAAAGGGUUACGGCAUUAUUGCUUUGUUAACCUCUGAGAUAGUUCCUAUCAUGGAGCUUCUCUCGUCCAUGAAGACUCAUAGCGCACCAGACGAAGUUGAUAUCAAAGACACAUUAUUGAAUGAUGAUGAUAUAGGUGACAGCUGUCAUGAGGACUUUCUGCACAAAGCCGUAAACUCUCAUCUACAGACUUGUGGCUGUUCCGUUGUUGUUGGCAGUAACCCAGACAAAGUCAAUAAGAUUGUGCUGACGCUAUGUCUGUUCCUAACUCCCGCUGAGAGGAAGUGCUCACGACUGUGCCGAGCUGAUGGCACUUUCAAAUACGACACUGGCCUGUUUGUUCAGGGCCUCCUCAAGGACUCCACAGGGAGUGUUGUGUUGCCUUACCGACAGGUCCUCUCUUCCCCCUAUCCGUCUACUCACAUUGACGUGGACAUUAACACAGUGAAGCAGAUGCCUCCUUGCCACGAACACACAUACCAUCAGCGCCGCUACAUGCGGGCCGAGCUCAGUGCCCUCUGGAAGACUACCAGUGAGGAUGAAUUCAGCCCUGAACAACUCAUCAACAUACAAGAAUCGUUUACUCCUGACUUGAAUAUAUUUCAGGAUGUCAUGCACAAAGAUACACUGGUAAAGUCUUUCAUAGAUGAGGUUUUCCUCUUGAAACCAGGUCUAAACCUUCGGAGUGUAUACUUGUCCCAUUUUCUCCUACUGCUUCACAGGAAGGCUCUGACUCUGCUCAGAUAUAUCGAGGAUGACACUCAGAAGGGGAAGAAGCCAUUCCGGUCACUGCGUAAUCUGAAGACUGACCUGGACUUGACUGUAGAAGGAGACCUGAACAUCAUCAUGGCAAUGGCAGAGAAGCUGCGGCCGGGCCUUCACUCCUUUGUGUUCGGGAAGCCCUUCUUCACCAGUGUGCAGGAGCGUGAUAUUCUAAUGAACUUCUGACCAUUCACCUUGAAACACCCAAUAUCAUUGAUUCACAAGCUGGCUGAUAUGUAUUCAUGUUUUAAAAGUAUGAUUGUGUAUAAUGUAUGUAUAUGUGUACUGAUUCACUCUGGAGCUUGCUUGAACCUUUAGAGAUACUGUCCACAAGUGCCAUGCAGGGCAGGGCCUUCAUCAUGUUCAUCCUGAGUUUAUUUUAACUGUGAAGAUUGUGAUACUGCUACUAAGUGCCUCUGAUGGCACAGCCUUACUGUUAUGUUUCUUCUGCAGACAGUAAUGACUCACCAUGAAUAAAUCAAGUUUUGCUUGUUAUGAGGUCCAAGUGUUUUCAUGUUAUCAUGGUGUUAUCAUGAUAAUUGAGAGACAGCUCAUUAGGUAUGCUUGUACCGUUUCUACAUGAAAGAAUUUAUAAGCAAGCGGACUUGAUGAUUAAUAUUGUCACUAUCUAAAUAAAUCUGAAGGUGAAUUUACUGAUGUGGUUGUACUGAAAUGGAACAGCUCUUGCUGUUUUUUUGUUUUUGUUUGUUUCUUUGUUUUGGAACAACAUCCUUGUAUGUGGGAUAGUUAACUAAAAUGGAAAUAAAGGCAUUGCUGA